GUACCCGCUUAAUUCAAUCCUGCCGUGGUUGAAAUAAAGAUCUCCCUCUCGUCUCUUCGUCUUCUUCCUUUUCCGUUGGUUGUGGUUGUUGCUUGCGUGUAACAAUUGGUGUCGGAGGUGUUUUAUCUACACUAACAUGGCAAAUCGACCAGAGGAUCAGCCUCCCAAAUUGUUUCCUCAGGAUAGUGCUCCAUCAUUGCCUAGUGUACCACCGCUCUCCUGCCCACCAUUGCUGCAACCAUCAUCAGAUUACCCUCGCUGGAAGAGACGAAUGCAGGCGUUCCUGGACGUUUGCCCAGCAGCCCACCAUUUCGUCCACGUCUGCAACAACCUAUCAGACGAUGCAUUCGCCCGUGCAGACGCUGCUGGGUUCAGUAAAACCAACUCCAUGCAAAAGAACUGGGAGAUCCUAGAUCAAUGUUUUGACCUGAGGCUGGGUUCUCAACAUACCCUAUUACAACUGCUCUCCCGCCGACAACUACCAGGAGAGAGUUUCCUGGAAUAUCUUAACGCUCUCCAGCUACUGGCAGCUGGACUUGACAAUCACGAUAGCCCUGGCGGCACAGAUCAAUUGGUAUGCACCCGUUUCGUCGAGGGAAUGUUGCCUGGUGACCUGCGCACAAACCUCCGACGUCAGCUCCCAGCCAACACGUCCCACUUACAGAAGAUUAUUCUCCGUUUCACGGACGCCGAGAAUGACCACGUGCCGACACCCAGUACCUCUAUGUGCCCAGUAUCAACAAAACCCAAUGCACCCCCCGUUCGCCGCAACCGUUCACGAAGCCAACAACGCUCAAAUGGGGACGCUACCCGUCGCUGCUACUACUGUCAACGCUUCGGGAAGAAGGCCCGUAAGUGUGGCCACAAUCGCCAGCCGGACCGCAAAAGAAACGCUGACGUGGCUUCACUGGAACAGGAGGAAGAUCGUUUGGCCAGACUUGUUAUAAAGGACGAUAAUUAGCUUGUACCCGCUUAAUUCAAUCCUGCCGUGGUUGAAAUAAAGAUCUUCCUCUCGUCUCUUCGUCUUCUUCCUUUUCCG